AUGGCAGAAGCUGCUGGCCGGUUCGCGCUGCCCAAGGACUACCGCUCGGCGGGGGCGACGAGGAACAAUGGGCCCGACGACCUGGCGCUUCAGCGCUGGAAGAUUGUCGAGCUUGCGCAGGGCUGGCCACUGUACAGAGAUGCGCGCGAGUGGGACAACUUUCGCUCCAUCUUCCAUCCCGAGGGCGCCUUCGUCUACACGACGUGGACUGGCCGCACGCACAUCGACGACUUCAUUCGCGCGAGCCAGGCGGGCAUGGAGAAGGGCGCGUUCAUCAUGCACCGCAUCCACGGCACCACCGUCGACAUUGAGGGCGACCGCGCCGUGUGCAAGAUGAAGGCCACCAUCACCCAGCGAUUCGACCUUGGGGGCGUGCAGGCCGACGCCGAGUCCGACUGCCGCUUCUGCUUCUUCUUUGAGCGCUACCAGGACCCGGCCGGGCUGCCGGCCUGGGGCGCCAAGCUGGUGCGGCACUGGUACGAAAAGGACAAGCUCGUCGCCGUCGAUCCCAGAAAGAUUCCCGAGAUCGAUGACGAGCUUCUCGCCUCGUUUCCACCGGGCUACCGCUACCUCGGCUACUGCCAGGAAAAGACCCUGGGUGGGUCCAUCAAGGUCAGGCGCGAUCUUCCGGGCUUCGUCGGUGAGGCGCACGACCGGCUGCUGCUCAACGCCAAGCGAUGGCUGCAGCACGAGGCGCUCGAGGGAGAGUGA